GUUGCAUUGUCGUCAUUUGGUGGUAGUGCGCGGACGCAGUCUCUACGCGUCCUCAGUCGCGUGACCUCUACUCUUAACGAAUUUCACAGAACCAGCAUAAAAAUGACGGUUAAAAAACGAACAUCCGACCUGACGAGCUUAGAGCGAUUCAACAUGUACUACAGGGAGAAGGAACCACCUCUAACCGGAUCCCAAAAAGUGAAACGGUUCAUCUGGAACCCGAAGACCAGGCAGUUCUGUGGAAGAACAGGAUCUAGUUGGUCAAAAAUAGCAUUGUUCUAUUUUAUCUUCUACUCUGCACUCGCCAUCCUAGUCGCUAUCUGCAUGUGGACGUUCCUCCAGCUUUUGGAUGCUAGGCAACCGAAAUGGCAGCUCGAGAGGAGCAUCAUUGGCACUAACCCAGGGCUGGGCUUCAGGCCAACGCCUCCGGAGGUCGCCAGCAGUGUCAUCUGGUACAAGGGAAAUGACCCGGGCAGCCAACAGUUCUGGGUUAAAAAGCUAUCCACCUUCUUAGCUGCGUACAAGCGCGAUGGCAAAAAAGCUGGUGCGGGCCAGAACAUCCACAACUGUGACUUCAAGCUUCCUCCUCCGGCUGGGAAAGUCUGCGAUGUAGACAUCAGCGCGUGGGGACCUUGCGUGCAGGACAACUAUUUCGGCUACCACAAAUCGACCCCCUGCAUCUUCCUGAAGCUAAAUAAGAUCUACGGUUGGAGACCCAAGUUCUACAACAGCUCUGACAAUCUACCCAAAGACAUGCCGGAAGACUUGAAGGAGCACAUCAGGAACAUGACGGCAUAUGACAAGAACUACCUAAACAUGGUUUGGGUUUCCUGCCAAGGCGAGAACCCAGCUGAUCGCGAGAACAUUGGUCCCAUACAGUACCUACCUCACCGAGGCUUCCCGGGGUACUACUUCCCCUACACCAACCAGGAAGGUUACCUGAGCCCUCUUGUAGCUGUGCACUUGCAGAGACCUAAGACUGGCAUGCUAAUCAACAUUGAAUGUCGUGCCUGGGCGAACAACAUCAAGUAUGAGAGACUUGAAGCCAUGGGCUCUGUGCACAUCGAGAUGUUGAUCGAGUAGAGAGUACAAACAGCAGACACGCAGAAGAUAAAGAAGUAUAUAGACGUAUAUAUUAAUAAUUAGAGAAUAAAAUUUCUUGUAUUUACUUACUUGUUAUUUGAGUGAGAUUGAAUAGUAAAACAUAAUUAAUUUUCAGAA